AUGGCUACCCAAAAAGCAUUCGUCUUGCGCAAGCCAAUGGAUACAGCUAUCGAGGAGCGUCCAGAUGAGGUGGUGGACGGAUACCACGAUGUGAAAGUGGCCAUCAAGGCCACGGGAAUCUGUGGAAGCGACGUUCAUUACUGGAAAGAGGGUGGAAUUGGCGACUUUAUCCUCAAAAAACCCAUGAUUCUGGGUCAUGAAAGUGCCGGCAUCGUAGUGGAAGUCGGCAAGGGUGUUCGUUCAGUCAACCCAGGUGAUCAUGUUGCCGUUGAACCUGGUAUCGUUUGUCGUCACUGUGAAUAUUGUCGUGAAGGUCGCUACAAUUUGUGCCCUCAUAUGCAAUUUGCUGCCACUCCACCUUACGACGGGACUUUGCGCACUCAUUAUAUCGUUCCCGAAGAUUUCUUAACCAAAUUGCCCCCUCAAGUUGCAUUGGAUGAGGCUGCCAUGUUUGAGCCAUUGAGUGUGGCCGUCCAUUGUUGUUCCCGAGCCAACUUGCGCGCUGGCUCUCGCGUUUUGGUCAUGGGAUGCGGAACCGUUGGUCUUUUAUUGAUGGCUGUUGCUAAAGCUUAUGGUGCUUCCGACGUUGUCGCGGUCGAUACUUCUGUUUCUCGCGUCGAAUUUGCCCAAAAGUAUGCCGAUGCUCUCCCUUUUACACCCAUUGAGACUCGUGCUAAUGAGUCAUUACCUGAAUAUGCCCGUCGCUACCGAAAUGCCAUCGUUGACAAGCAUGGUGAGUUUGAUUUUGCCGUAGAUGCCACUGGUGUAGAGAUUUGCAUCCACACUGCCGUCUUGUGUUUGAAACCGGGUGCCACGUUUGUUCAAGCUGGAAACGGUAAGCCUGUCGUUCAAUUUCCCAUCAACCACAUCGUGAACAAUGAGCUCAACAUCCUUGGAAGUUUCCGUUAUCGGGCUGGCUGUUAUGAUCAAGCCACGUUUUUAGUAUCCAGUGGUCUCGUCAAGCUUCGGCCUCUUAUUACCCACAAGUACAAGUUUGAAGAUGCUUUGGAGGCAUACAAGAAAACCGCAAGCGGUGAGAAUGGUGUCCUUAAAGUAAUUAUCGAGGGUCCUGAAAAAGAGUAA